AUGGCGGCGAGGCGCGACACCGAGUUGGACGGCGAAGAGCUCGGCGCCGAGGGCUCCAACCCCGUCGGUGGUGGCGCGACUCCGCCGCCCCUAGCCGCAACCCCUGUCGUAUGCGUCCUCCGCUCCGCUGGGGACUUCGCUGGCGGCGCCUUCAUCGGAUCCGUCUUCGGAUAUGGACAAGGCUUGCUCUCUAAGAAGGGUUUUAAGGGCUCAUUCAGCAAUGCAGGGUCCUCUGCCAAGACUUUUGCAGUUCUCUCUGGAGUUCAGAGUUUGGUCGUGUGCUUGUUGCGAAGGCUACGUGGGAAAGAUGACGUUGUCAAUGCUGGUAUAGCUGGUUGUUGUACUGGUGUUGCUUUGAGCUUUCCAGGAGCGCCACAAGCGCUGCUUCAAAGCUGUGCCACCUUUGCAGCAUUCUCAUGCAUUAUGGAGGGGCUCAAUAAGCAGCAGGCUGCAAUGGCUCGGACACUUGGCGAGACUGCCGUGACGGUCGUGCAUGAAAAAGGCGGUGUUCUGCCCCCGUUCACGCUGCCACCAAUUCUUGAUGCAUCUGAUGCUUUAGCUUCAUGCUGCUUAGCGUUAGUAAAGCCUAAGCACUAG